ACUAGAAUAAUGGAAUGCAAGAAUGCGGUUUCUUUCUUUCUUUCUUUUUUUCUCUUUUGCUGCUAGAAUCUUUUCUGCUGCUGGAUAUGUAUUUAAGUAAAGUUCCUUUUGACUGAAGAAGACCCUUAAAGUUAGUGCAUUAGACCUUCAAUUAUCAUAUAAGCUUUAAUUAGCUUUAGUAUUAAAGCUCACACCAUCUAACCUCAUCUAUAUCUACAUAAAUAUAUACCUACCUACACAUGCGUGUGUGUAUAUAAUAUGAAGUAUAUUCAAUAUUGUUUUGUCGGGAUGAUUUUACCAAAAAUUUUGAUAGCUGAUGUUUUGUGGAGACAUAUGAACAACUUUGAUAGAUUAACUAACAAAUCCACCUUAAUUGUUUAAGCUUUUUACCGGCCAUCACCUACAGCUCUGUUUCCCUCUCUGUAGCAGAGAGAAAAUGGUGAAGGUGACAGACCUUCUCUCCCCAUUGGCUAAAUAUCGUAUUUUUCUCUCUCUUUUAUUUUUGAAACACAAGAAAAAGAAAAAGAUCUUCCAUUUUUGGUCCCACAAAUCUCUCUCUCUCUCUUUCUGUUUUAGCGGUUGUGUAUUGGAACCUCCCCAUGCCUCUCUUUCAGAAGAAGACUCAACAGACAAAGAAAAGUUUUUUUUUUCUUUUUUUACAUCUCUGUCAUGUGAUUUUUUUUCUUUUUUCCCUCAUUUCUCUUGGUUGUCUUUGUUCUUUUGCCUGCAUACCCAUUUGGUUUUUCUGGUCUAAUGUGGGGUUGAAUCCCCAUAUUGGACCUGUUUCCGGAUCAGAGUCGGUGGUCUCAGCCCCUCCGGAAACCAUUUUCUGAAGAAUGGGUUGCAUAAGCUCCAAGAGCGCUGCCUGUCUGGGUGACCCAAAUGGCUCACCACCCGACAGAGAGAACACCAUGGCCAUGGCAUCUGGCUUUACCUCGAAGAACACAUCAGGCCUACACCACCACCGUGUUGUUGAUCAUUCAUUGGAGGAGAAUUACAAAGACAGCCACAUUCGGCGUUCGAGAAAGCCCAAGAAAUUGGGUGGUUCUGAUCUGAAGACUGGUGUGAGCCUGAAAUCCGGAUUGUCCCACAGGAACAUCGAGGCAGAGCAGGCCGCAGCUGGGUGGCCUGCCUGGCUUUGUUCUGCCGCCGCUGAGGCUGUCUAUGGGUGGGUCCCUCUCAGGGCAGAGGCGUUCGAGAAGUUGGAGAAGAUUGGACAAGGAACAUACAGCAGCGUGUUCCGAGCACGGGAAGUGGAAACAGGGAAAAUGGUGGCACUGAAAAAGGUAAAGUUUGAUAAUUUUCAACCGGAGAGCAUCAGGUUCAUGGCAAGGGAGAUUCUCAUUCUGCGCAAACUCGACCAUCCUAACAUCAUGAAACUGGAGGGCAUAAUCACGUCAAGAAUGUCCACCAGCAUAUACCUUGUUUUUGAGUAUAUGGAACACGAUCUUGCCGGUUUAUCAUCCAGCCCUCUCAUAAAAUUCACCGAGCCACAGAUCAAGUGUUAUAUGAAGCAGCUAUUAUUGGGACUGGAGCAUUGCCAUUUACGAGGUAUAAUACAUCGGGAUAUCAAGGCAUCGAACAUUUUGGUAAACAAUGAAGGGAUUUUGAAGCUGGGAGAUUUCGGGCUGGCGAAUAUAAUCACACCGAGAAACAAGAACCAACUGACAAGCCGUGUGGUUACAUUGUGGUAUCGUGCUCCUGAGCUUCUGAUGGGAUCCACGAGUUAUGGAGUAUCGGUUGAUUUAUGGAGCGUUGGCUGCGUUUUCGCUGAAAUCCUCAUGGGAAAACCUAUCCUAAAAGGCAGAACCGAGAUCGAACAGCUACAUAAGAUAUACAAACUCUGUGGAUCUCCGCCGGAUGAAUUCUGGAAGAAGUGCAAGCUUCCGCACGCAACUAUGUUCAAGCCUCAGCGUACUUACGAGAGCACUCUUCGAGAUCGAUGCAGAGAUUUCACUGUGAAUGCUCUGAAUUUGUUUGAAACUUUUCUCUCAAUGGAACCCGGGAAGCGUGGGACUGCCUCCUCAGCACUUAAUUCUGAGUACUUUCUUACGAAGCCUUACGCUUGCGACCCAUCGUCCUUGCCAAAAUAUCCACCUAAUAAAGAAAUGGAUGCUAAACAUCGUGAGGAAUUGCGGAGGAAAAAAGCAGGCAUCAAGAUGCGAGAUCCUGGAGUUAGCAGGAAACAUAGAAAACCACAUAGAACGGGGCACGAAUCAAAGAGUCACUCUAAACAACCUUCGAGGCAGGAGACGCAAGACGAAAACCCGAAUGCCCAAAAGAGCAGAGGAAGAGAAGCCCAGCAGCAAGACAGACCCUGCUAUGAGACGCCAUCCGAGGCAGCCACAACGGCACAAGCCGACUACUACCUCUACUCGAACCUCUCACAAACCACCGCGCCAGCCAGUGGGUUUGAAUGGGCCACAAAACGACGGAAAAACACCGACAAUGUCUCUACUCUGACCUACAACCAGCCCAGCUCGAGAAGCCAGUUGAGUGGAACCAGUAUCGCCUUCGCCAAGAACACUUUCGGGUUAACCCUGAAUGACGAUGAGUAUUCACGGGAGGUGCAUGGUAGUAACCAUGCUCGACGUGGUGGUCAUGCAUUGGUGGUCCCGAGCGAGCCGUUGAGCCGGAUCGCCGAACGGCACGGGUCCCUUGAUGGGUCUGGUCUGGAUUUAAGCCAGGGCCUGUUGAAUGACCAGAGAGAGGACUCUCCAAAUAACGAUUUGGAUCAAUUACACUGGGGAGUACAGAGCAUAUCAGGACCAUUGGUUUUCCAAUCGAACAAGAUCGAUGAGCUUUUGCAAAAAAAUGAAAGUCAUAUCCGACGAGCCGUUAAGAAAUCGCAGUUUGAAAGAGAACGAGAGGACAGAUAAUGGGUAAUGCAAUAUGGUGGGAAUGCAAAACUAUACUACAGAGGUCGGAGAGCUUAAUGUCUUUAGAAACAUUAUUUGUAAGCAGUUGCACAGAAUUGUUAUCCAACUCUCUUUUUUUUUUUUUGUUCUUUCCUCUCUGUUCAAUGGUAAGCUCAUUGAAAAAAAAACAAAAACAUAAUGUAUAAUACACCAUCUUGAUUUUUUUUAUUCAACACAAUAAAAAUGAACA